AUGGAUACUAGACCAAUUAUAAACGGUGUCCGUGGCCUCCACAACCUAGAUAUAAACGUGCCAAAUGCAGUACUCGUUGGUGAAACGGUGACGCUUGAAUGUACCUGGCAAUUAGAAGAUGAGGAAGCCCUGUACAGUGUCAAAUGGUAUCGGGGAAGAGAAGAAUUCUAUAGAUAUAUACCCAAAGAGCUUCCACACACAAGAGUAUUUCCAUUACCGGGUAUCGAAGUUGAUAUAUCCCGGUCUGGUGCCCGGCGCGUGGUGCUCCAAGAAGCGACGCCGGCAAUGGCCGGCCGUUUCCGCUGCGAGGUAUCCGCCGACGCGCCCACCUUUCACACGGAAAUACGUUCCGCACCACUGGAAGUUGUUGAAACCCCAGAAUGGGGUCCCAAACUGGUGUCGGAUCGGUCGUGGUACGGCGUGGGAUCAACGUUGCGUGCGACCUGUGCGUCACCACAAGCGCAUCCACCCGCUAACCUGACAUUCGCACUGAAUGGACGAGAGGUAAGGGUACGAUUUAGAGUUCAGGCAUAG